CAGCUGGAGGCCAUCCCCGAGUCUCUGAAGAAUAUGCUGCUGGUAAUGGAUACAGCUGGGAUAUUCCACAGCGCUGACUCACGGACGGGAUACUCGGAUCUCUGGGAAAUCACCUGGGAAAGGAUUGACUGUUUCUUACCUAGGCUGAGGGAUGAGCUCUUCAAACAGACCGUCAUCCAAGAUCCCGUCCCCAGCAUCCCAACGGAGCAGCAGCACCAGAAAUCAAUAGUGUCUGCCCUGCCCCCUUCUCCUGUGGGGGAUGUGAGACCACCCACCCACCUGGCUCCUUUGGAGAAGCCCUGCGAACUGGGUGCCAAUGAGCCUGAGCGAGUGGCUGCACCUGCCUCACCCACCAUCAGCACCUCCACCUCUCCUCCUUUCCCAGCAUCAGCUCCACCCAAGACCAGCCCCGUGACGGACAUACCUCCUACCACAGCUCAGCCGCCGCUCAUCCUGCAGCCUCUGGCCUCACCCCUGCAGGUUGGGGUGCCACCCAUGACUCUGCCAAUCAUUCUCAACCCGGCCCUCAUUGAAGCCACCUCUCCCGUGCCCCUCUUAGCUACUCCACGGCCCACUGACCCCAUGACAACCUCCGAAGUCAAUUAGUUGGAGGGUGUCUGGAGAACCGUCUGCUGAAGGAAGCUCUGUGGGUGGAGGAAGCUGGUAGUGGGCAUGUUUGUUUUAGAAGAUGAUGCCAACCUGAGCAGAAGGGCUGCUGCUGCAGUAUCCCCUGGAGCACAUCAUCACGUUCUGCUCCCUUCUUGUGGCAACCACCUAGAAAUCCCUGUCUUCUCGGAGGGGUCCCCAGUUCCACUGACCACUCUCCUUCCUGCCUUUCACAAUCUCAGGGGCCCAGCAGCCUGGGACCAAGCUGCCACCAGUUCAUCUGGUGAAGAAGGGGGGGAAAAAAAAACCCCACCCUUUGAUCUCACACCAGAGAGGGGCUGCAGUCCAGGACUGUCUCCCAGAUUAUUCAGUCUACUCCCUGGACAAUUCUCCAGCCAUUCCCUAGCUUUUCCUGCCCGUGCUUCUGGUCGCACUGCUUGCUUUGGGCUCUGGGCAUGCCUGGGUUCAGCAGGUUGAGAAUUUUUCGUGGAUUGCUUACAGCACAGCUCCCAGCUUGCUACAUAGGGCUUCUUGUCUGCUGUAGCCACGUGUUUUCCUUCCACAAGGUGGAUCAGAGCAAUCCCCAGGCCAGGCAGGGAGAGGGCAGCAGGGGAGUCUGGUAGGGGCAGCGCUGCUUCUCCCCCACCCUCCUCCUCCUGGAAGUCUAAUCAGGCUUUCUGGCUGGAAAGGGCAAAUUUAGAAGGCUCUGCCUCGUUGAACAGGCAAGAAGGAUGUGGGGAGCCCCGUGAGCUGAGAGCAGAACACCGUGGCCACCUCUCAAACAGCUCCUGGGGAGCCACUCUUCUGGGGUACACAGCAGCACCGUGUUGUCCACCAUGCACUACAUUGGCCUCUUGGUGUCCAGCCCUGUUCCUUAGGAGAAGAUCCUCUUCUGUUGGGGAUCUGUGGCACGAGUCUGCUGCGCUUUCUCCUGGAAGCUCUGCAGAGACUGCGCCCUUCUUGCAUCUUCUAGUUGUUGGGAGCCCACCUCCUCCUCCACCUAGAAGAGCUGAGGUCACUCCUGUGCUUCUGCCUGGCCCCAAGGAUGUCCCGCUCUUCCAUCCCCUGGUGCCCAGAGCAGAGCUGGCUGCCUGGCAGGUCCUGCAUCUCCGUUCUUCCUCCUCUCUCCAUUAGUUGGCUUAAAUUCUCAAUAAUACCAAUUUUGGAAACCCCACUGGUGACUGGGAAGGGGGUGUGUGGACGUGACUCCAACCCAGUGUAUACUGUCCCGAGAGGAACCUGUGGUUGGGGUGGGAGCACAGCCUGUGUACAUAGAGAGUAAAUGGCUACAAAUCCAACGGACUUUUUACAGUGUAAUAAAUACAUCCUGUAAAUGAAAAUGCUCCGGUGUGACGCUCCUUUUCUGUCACAGCUCUCAGAGCUUGGGGAAGAGAGGAGUUUAGUUGUCAGGGUGCUGUGUUUGGCUGCCAGCCCCCUGGUUCCUUACACCAGGAUCCCCCAGAGGAGCACUCUUGGCUUUGGGGAGCACGGAGGGACUUGCCCCUAACCCGUGGAGGGUGGCCAUUGAGGGGCUAAGCAGGAAUGGCUUCCAUCAUGGGUGAAGCAGAGCUGUAACAGGGGGAUUGCUCUUGCUUCUGGCAAGAAGUGUGAGCUGUGGAAUUCCUGGUGGUGAGUUGGUGUGUGCUCCUGCACUGCCAGGAGCGAGGGCUGAGGAGAGGGUGGCCCUGCGACGUCUCAGCACGUGGCCAAACACAGACCCUGGUGACAACCUUGGGAGAAAGGAGCACUUUCUGUCGGCUGGGGAAGAAAUCCUGCUUUCCACUGACAGGACGGGGGCUUGGAGAAGGUGAGAGAGAUCCUGGCCUCUUCCAGGGCUGGACACACUCCGUGCCACAGUGUCCGUGGGGCCGUGUGGGGCACGGUGCCUGCCCUGUCGCAGGGAUUCCGAGAGACUCCUCCAGACUCGAUAAGGGGUUGAGAUAACAGGGUCUGUUUGGGUUGCACCAGCAGAGAAUUUAAAUAUUGUGUAAGAGAGGAGUAAAUCUAGGAAAGUCCCGUUAAUAAAUCUUGGUUCCCUUACCCCAUUUCCACCAUUCCUGGAAUAUUUUCAUUGCAGCCCUCUCUUCCUCACCCUCCACUCCUUCCAGAUCGUGUCCCUCCAGCCCUUGGAUCUUUUCAUUCAUGUGUUUGGAUCCUUCUGCUGCCCGUGGCCUGUCUGUACCCAGCCAGUCCCUCUGUCUUGUAUUUCUGAGCCUUCCCUUCUAUUUACAGCUCUGUUUUUCUGAGCUUGUCUCCAAAACCCUCCCUGAAACCUUUAGAUGAUUAACUCUUUGUAAACCAUUGCUCAAUGGCCGAGUGCCUUAUGUCAGCACUUCUGCCCUCUGAGCCUUGGACUUCUUGGAGUGAUGUCAGGAAAUGGCAAAGCCCAGAUUUUCUCCACUGCCUUCAGAUGGUGGGGUUUUUUUUGGGGGGGUAGGGGGGAGAUGCAAACCCAGUUUCUGCUGAGAGCGUUACAUCUUAAUUCAGACAAUUGCGGUGCAAAGCAAAAGCCACCCGAGGAAACUGCAGGAAGCGGGACUGGAAUGGAAAGAAUGUUGACUGGAAAGACAGACGGAAUCGCACUUUAAACAGUUUUCACCAGACUGUAAAUAGGAACGGACUGGAAAACCAGAAAAAAAAAAUUCUUUUGAACGUUGUUUGGAUUCUGCAGUGAUGAGUUUUCAUGUGGUACGGAGAGAAAAAUAGCAGGGAAAGUGAACCCAAAAGAGAUGAGAAUCAACUGAUGGGUACCAUGUGCUGUGAUAUGUGUUUUUAUUGAUAAGUCUCUUGAACUCGUAACUUAAAUUAGAUAAAAGACAGUCACCUUGCCAACAUCUGCUGGGGAGGAGCGGUGUCCACCACACUGGCUUUCAGAGGAGGCUGGACAGACGUCACCGUGGUUUGGUUUUAUGGAGCUUUUCUGUUCCCAGUUACAUCAAGAACUUCCACUGCUGAAAGAGAGCAGAGAUAGGUACGCCAUGGCGCUUUCCAACAACCACAUCUGUCCCGUCCACAACUGGAAUUACAACCAGUCGUGCGGCGUGGACAGCCCCGGCUCCUGCUGCACCCUGGACCACAUCCCCCUGGUCAGCAAGUGUGGCACCCUGCCACCCGAGAGCUGCUUCUUCAGCCUCAUCUGCAGCCUGGGCUCCUUCAUGGUCAUCCUGGUGGGGCUGCUGCGCUAUGCCCACCUCCUGGAGCGCCUCGGGCCGUCCCUCCUCAACACCCUGGGGCUGGCCACCGGCUGGGUCUGCGCCGCCGGCCUCACCAUGGUGGGCAACUUCCAGGUGGAUCAUGCCAAGGUGCUGCACUACAUCGGGGCAGGGGUGGCCUUCCCCACCAGCAUGCUGUUCCUGCUCCUCCAGUCCAUCCUCACCUACCGCAUGGCCAAAACCCGUGGGCAGUACUGGACCGGCCACUUGCGUAGCAUCCUCACCGCUGUGGCCUUCCUCACCCUCGUCUUCAGUGGCGUGUUCUUCAUCCAGGAGAGCUUCGUGCUGCAGCACGUGGCUGCCCUCUGUGAGUGGAUGUUCAUCAUCGACGUCCUGGUCUUCUACGGCACCUUCACCUUUGAGUUCGGGGCCAUCUCCACAGACACCUUCCUGGUCCUGCUGAAAGCCAGCCGGGCCCCCAAAAGUUACAAAGGCGAGAGCGGGGUGUCCAGCACAGUCCCCAUCCACAGCCACGCAGAGGGCCUGGCCAUGGCCUGACCCCCCCUGCCCCCAACACCGUGGGGGGAGACCUCAAGGCUCAUAGUGGGGACCCCCAAAUUGGGUUCUGCUGGUGGCUCCCCCCAUUCUGAAUGUCUCCGGGA